AUACACCGGACCCACGUUGGAACGACCAAGGCUUUACAUUGUUCCUUGCCUCGCCGUUGCCUAAUGCAGGCUCGGUGAGCUGGUGCCUGGUGGAAAGCGUCCUGCACAUAAUUAUGAGCAACAAGGAACGUCAACGGAGGACGUUGAUUAAUUCAGCAGCGCCCCGACUAUAUAUCUCGAUCGUUGCCUCACACUCGCGGCGAAAUCCUGUUAGGUGACAUCCCGUCUUACCCAGAUCUCGACUCUUUCGUCGUCAACAUGGUCACCUUUCUCGAAUUGCCUCGAGAAAUACGCGAUAAAGUUAUCAGCCUCGUCCUGUCCCAUCACGAGGAUGCUCCCACAGAUGUAUCCGACGCGAGCGGCCGAGCAGAGUUUGACGAUGUUGGGCUCGUCCGAUGGAGAAAGGGUGAAGAUGUUAUGUAUAUUGAGCACCCGCCGAUGAGAGACUCCACAUCACUUCUGCUCCUCAGCCAUCAGUUACAAGAAGAAACCCAGGACGCAAUUCGACUUCUACCAACAAACUCCUAUGUCCUAGACGUCAUCAUCGCUCAUGAGAGGAAAUUGUGGGCAACAUGGCUCUAUGCUCCAGUGCUUACCGCGAGAGUGGACCGGGUUUAUGCGACCAUUAGAACGAUUGGGUGUUAUGAGAAAGGACUCUCGCUAUUUGAGGGCGGCGAUGGCGGGCCGCCUCAAAUUACUAUGUCGUUCUACAAUCUCAUCGAGCGAGGUCUGAGACUUGGUCCGGUGGGGCGUCGAACAAGGAAAGACGACAAGAAAAUCAGCAUCAAGGAGCUCGUCAUAGAUAUCCGGACUCCUGAUGUCCCAUCCUCCAAGAUCCUACCUAGGCAGCACUGUGAGCAGAGGAGAAAGGAACGGUAUCGCAAAGAGAACGGACCAGAUUAUCUCCUUCAUCCUGGUUACAUUCUGGACUACGUGACAUCGGAUAUUUGGGAGUUGCUCAAUAUGAGCUAUCAUAGUGCUUCAUAUGGGACUCUACUAUAUGAAAGGAUCGGAAGUAUCAAAGUGCUGAUGGAUGGAGAGCUGCAUGAGGAAUGGGAUCUCGCAAAGUGCUUGGCCGAUGUCAAGUUCAAUGACUCCUUCGGACACCGUCCCCGAGAGACACGUCGAGAGGUGUUCUCCAGAUGGAAGCUGCAGGCCCACCAAACCCGGAUCGAGCUUGGCUUGCCUGUAACGCCUCUCAAGGAAGUGAAGGAUGAGAAGGAGGGAAGUUCUUCAGUGUAAAGCGUUGGUUGGGUUUUCCUCGUCUAUGAGCAAUAAGACCAAUGGUGGGAGAAUGCAUUGGCAGCUGUCAGUCUCCCAGUCCCACGGGGGACGAUGCUCACUUUCCAAACUAAAAAAAAUUAAUUCUAGCAAACACUCUAUCAUCACAUGUAAAGCCAGGGGACUUCGGCUUGUCUUCAUACGUGGCCUCCCUGGAUUCCGCUCU